AUGAAGAAAAGCGAGAAUCUUAUCGAAUACGAAGGUACGAAAGUACAUUGUACCUUCGUACCUUCGUACGAAGGUACGAAGGUACCAAGUACGUGUACUGUAACGUGUACAGCUGUACUCGUACUGUACAGUCAAAUGUACGUUGUACUACCGGAAGUACGAAAGUAUUACGAAGGUAUUUCCGUACGAAAGUACGUGUACAGAUUGAUACGUGUACUUCCGGAAGUACCUUCGUAUCAAUUCUAUUUCCGUACUUUAAGUUAUUUAUUAUCAUAUUUAUUACCUUCGGUAUCAUAUUGUACAGAUGGACACGAAGUACACGUACACGUAGGCAGGGCAGUUGCAGGGCUACACGCACACGUACACGUACUGUAG